AUGGUCACAAGUUCUGGCUGCGCUCUUCUGGCAGCCCUCCUGCCAUGGAUAGUUUGCAGCGUUCGAGGGAUACUGGAAUCUGAAGGCUCAGAUCCCGAGGAGGUUCCCAAAGAUGAAGAUCGCCUGGAGUGCCUUCGGCAAGACAACUUGGACCUCGUCGGGGAAGCGGAUUUCGCGAGCCGCUACAUUUUGCGACAGGUCCUAGGUGUCAACGACGACGACACGGAGAGCGACGUUUACCUUUUUGCUGACAAGUUCCGCAUCAGCCGAAUUCAGGCCGAGUUAAAAAUUAGUCGAACUGGUACAGAUGCUCUGGCCUUCGAGCUUGUGGGAAGCAACUCUACUGCCAAGCAUGCUGGACUUGGCAGUGCAGACAUGAGGAUCAGAGAGUUGCAGCUCCUGACUGAGAGCACAGUGAUCAGUUGUGCUACAAGUUUGGCUAUUAGCCUCGCAUCAUCGGACUGCGAUGACCCAGAGGAGCAGCAGGCCACCGUCCUUUUUGACCUCGCUGGGACGAUACGUGCAAAGAAGCGCAAAGGUCGCUGGGAAGCGGAGAUCGUCACGAAGGAGGUGCGAUACUUCAAUUUCGGCUUCCAAAACAAAAAAGUCCUGGCAUUCACGCUCAGUUGGCUUCCAAGUCCAAUAGAGGACGAGAUCAAGAAGCAGCUUUUCGAAUUGGUUGAAACGACCAUUCCCAUCCAGCUCCUGGCCUCACUGCAGUUCCUGCCGCGGGAGGAUCACUGGUUGACCGGGAGCAUGAAGCUGCUCGGGAAUAUGACAGAAGCGAAUGGCCCCCUCAAGGUGUGGUCAUCAUUGGACGUCACUGUACACACCAUGCCCACAAGGAUUCCCGGCAUCCUGAACAAAACCUUCACCUUGGAGGAACUCGCGGCGGCUUUCCUGUCUGACCCCAAGAUGGCACGGGCAUUGAGUAACUUGAUCGAGAACUUGCCCCAAUUCAGAUACGUGAUCGGCGACAGGCUUAAGUCCGUCAUGGAGAAGGUGAACUACGAGUCCCCUCGAUCCGCCCGUAUGCAGCAAAUCAGGAAGAUCAGCAACGAGCUGUCCGUCCAAUUCUUGCAGCCCUUCUUGAAGGCUCGUGUGAUCGGGAGCAAAGCCGCCGACCUUCGGGGUCUCAAUGCGCAUCUCGCUGGUGGCGUUAGCUGGAACUCUUCCGACAACGGCCUUGCCAGGGCAAGCUUCCAUCCUAAAGAGCUCAAGCUACAAGCGGGAUCAGGCGAGGAUGGGAAUCCGCUGUACAGCCUCGCGCAAGCCCCUCUUGGACUACUGGAAGACCUUGCGCUCACUGAGCUCCUUCCGAAGCUCCCAGUGGAGGGCGAGUUGGCAGAAGUAGAGUUCCGAGAUCUCGAAUACAACCCGAAUCACAUUUCCUUGGCCCUCGCUGCAAUUCGCAACUGGGCACAGAAACCCGAUGCCAGCGCGAAUGCAACAGCGAAGUGGCAGAUCAUCUUGGCAGAGGCCAAGGCUAUUGCCUUGCGGCUUCCGCAGGCAUUGUCUCUGCCCUUUGGUAUCUCGUGCAAGGGUGGCAAGAUCGCAAUUGAUCAUUCUGGCAGGAUCCAGUUCUUGAGUGCUCGCAACGGAGUCGAAGUGAGCCAGACGCGGCCCAUGGUCCGGCCUUUGAGAGACGGAGCGCAGCGCGGCUCCGGCUCCGGGUUCGGGGAGGAGGCCUGGGACGCCCGUUUGCCUGCGGAGUUCCAGCGGCCGACGACCAGUCAGUUGGACAUGACCGUGGUCGACGGAAUCGACGAGAUAGGCGGAAGUGUGAGUUUGGAUGUUGCCGGGGGGGAGAAAGGAAGCUUGCAAAUCAAGAUCGGUGGGACUUUGCAGAUGAAGGUCGACGCCAAGUCCCUCGUAACAUCCGCUCUGGCAGGUUUGCCCAGCGUGGAUUUCGGAUACGCUUUCUUCGCAGAUGAGUUUUCUUGGUACAACAAAGACUGGGAGGAGCGCUCAGUCAUGGCAGUGCUGAGCUGUGGCUACCUUCGCUUGUUGCAGUGGCCGCUGCGAAUUGAGAAAUUGAAGCGCCUGGAGAUGAAAAAGGGGCAGAGGCAGUACGACUUGACGAAGUUGAGGGGCUAUCCAACCUUUGAGAAAGAUCCGCAGAUGGGGUCGUGUGUGCUUGUGCAUUUCUCCAAGGGCCUGAUAGGUUCUGACGUCACGGAGCGUUUAUGUGGCAGAGGAGGCAAGGCGGAAGCUCUCUACAAGGCAGUAAAGCUGCAAAUGCAUCGAUUCGAGAACGGCAGACAAGUCCACAAAGCGCCGCAAGCUGUUACCUGGAAAUUUGGCACGCAUGUAGCAGGAAAGCCGCAGUACGUGCUGCCCCAGGACAAAGUGCAGGCAAAUCUUCAGACAAUCUUCAAAGAGCACACGUGGAGUAAGACACAUGGUGGCUCCGGCCACCCUGCCCUGCUUCAAGCUGCGUCGACCUCGAGGAUCAGUUCUUUGGUGGCAGAAGGCCGCGAAGUUGAUAUCGCUCAGCAUGAUGCAAACACAGGGGAAGAGGAGCACCGCAUGGAGGCACCAACACCUACCGAGAAGGGUAGCUUCGAGUCCCAGGCUUGCCGUGCGCAACAGGAGCUCGAUUCCAUCCGCUAUCCACCGGAGAAGUAUGGCAAUGCCUCGAUUCGCAUGGUCAUGCCGGCAACUCCUAUCGGUGAUGUGCAUCUCCUCAUCGAGAAGAUCCAGGUCGUAAGCUUUGACGUUGUAGGAAGUCUUGUCCGCAACAGCGACACGACAUUCUCCUUCGAGCUUGGGGGCAGCGAUGGGCCUGGCACCGUGAACGUCUAUGUUCAAGGAAUGAAGUUCAAGGCGCCGGACUCUGCGCUCCCGGGCAUCACGCAAGCCGCCAGUGCCGAUGGCAUCGAGGAGGGGCCUUUGAAGGCGACUCUCAAUAUGAAAGGGGAGUUCAAGCUGAGCGAAGGUGGCCAUUGGGAGGUGUUGCCAACGGCCGUCUCUGACGUAAAGUUGGUCUUUGGCCGUGGUGGUCUGGUUCAAGGGCUGAUCAACUACUUGAUGGACUCGUACGGGGACCUGGAUGAGAUCUUUCUGACUUCGGUGUGGCCAGUGCUGGCGAGCGCCAUCCCAGAGAGUCUGGGCCAAGCUUUCGUACAGAUUCCGAGGAGGGUUGGGCAGCUCCGGCAUAGCUUCAACAUCCACGGCCGCUGUCUGCUACCCCGCGCGGACGGCGAGCAGUGCGAGACCGACCAGGUGAGCAUUGUCUUUCAAGACGUCACAGCAGCUGCCGUUUUGCCAAAGCCCCUGGCAGAGAAGUAUCUUGUGAGCCAGAACUGCUCCAAGUCCUGCGAGGCGAUGCCCCGGCUGCAUUCCUACCUCAAGUCCUCAAACGCUUCUGUUUUCGAUGGCACCUCCACGGAGACGGGCCUCCAAGUUGACUAUUCGGCCGAGAGGGAGUUCACCAAGAUCCUGUUGGAGGGCAGUGGGGUGGCGCCAAUGAAGCUCGUGGAGAUUGGCUUAGGCAAUGGCACCAAUCUCGUGAAGCUGCUCCCGUCGAUUCCCGGGAAGCUCGCAUCUGUGGGUUCGAUGAGUAUCAGAGAGGGCAACAAGGUGGAAAUACCGGAGGCGCGGCUGGAACGCUUGCGACUGCCUCUGCUGCUUGAUGGGCAGAAGGAGGAUUUGGAGCUGAACCUGACGCUCAAGGUCAAAGCCACCUCGGACGGCCCUGCUUCGAGCAUCCUGGACACUCUGGAUGGGCAUGUCGACCUGAUGUUGGACCGGGUUCAUGGCUUGGUCUUGCAGCAGACAGGAGAGCAUCAAAUUCCCCUGCUCAACAUCACAUUAAACCGCACGUAUGUCAACGACAUCUUCGCUGCCAUCGAGCGGGCAUGGCCUCAACCCACUAAUGUUCGCACGGCGGCUGCCGGUCGGCCUGAUGGUGAGGUGCCUGAGGCCUUCAGGCAGAAACAGUCUAUCGUGCCGGGCGAGCUGGACAUGCACAAGACCGUGGCACAGGCUCAUUUGGGAGCUUCCCUGACCCUGGUCGGCGAGGUCGAUGCAGCCUCAGGAGAAGAUCUGCUGAACGUCUCUGUCGGGGUGGUGUUGAGAACCACGCUCGACCUCGGCAGCGCUUUCUGGCGCGCGGUGGUGACGCGCCGGGAGAAGGACUUCGGCUUCGUGCACGCGCCCUGCGCCCAGCUGCGUCCGCAAGGGUCCAGACACACCUCGGUUCGAAGUCGGCCAAGCGUCAUGAACUGUUGUUUAUGGAAAUUCACGAGCAUGCGUUCCUCCUGCAUCCCCUGCCUGGAGCUUCGAGUUUUAAGAGGCUUCCAGACCAGACCGUGUCAGCUUUCCAGUUGA